AUGUUUCAUUUUCGCGAUGUAGGCUAUGCGCUUCAGGUCUUCUCUCGAUUGCGCGACUUGUGGAGGGAGAUAUGGCCGACCCUGCACGUCGACCUCGGGACAGGGCUCCACGGUUUCAGUUCGACAUGUCCCUCCUCGCGGCACUUCUGGACACGUCAGGGCCAGCCACCAGGCUCGUGGUGGGCCGACAAGGUCCGUCCUUACGUCGACUCUUGGACCGCGGCCCUCGACGACGUCGUUUUCAAGGAUCGGCCGCACAGCGACGAGGCGUUCACGGACUAUCUACGGUGGUACCUGCCAAGGACGCGCACACAUGUCGUGCACGUUCCACCAGAGGCUCGGAUCGAGGCCGCAAGGGUGUCCGAGACGUACCCCGUAGUUCGAGACCAGAACUUCGCCAUAGCGUACGAUGUCAUACGAGUGAUUGAGUCCGAGGCUUCGUCGAGUAUGGGCCAGUACCAUGACAUGAUGCCCGCCCAGCACCAGAGCACGCUGCAGAAGAUCGUCGAUAUGUGCAAGCGAUUCCGACGAGCCGUGACCUAUCGUGAGGACGACACCUUCCUCCCACCUCGCAGUUCGGGGCCAGUGCCUGUGCCCGGUCCAUCGUCACGACGGUCUGCACCCGCGGCACAGUCAGGUCCACCGCCACCGCCACCUGACACGAUGGCGACACCUUCGGGUUCUGCAGUUCGGCCCACGUACGUGCCGCGACCGGCACAUUUGUACUCGGCAGCGCCCGGCUCGUCGUUAUUUCCGUCGAUAGAUCCCUACGGCGCCAGAUCUUCGUCUCUUCAUCGUCCAAUACACGAUUUAGAGUACCGGCAGGUGGGAGGGACAGACGACGAUGAGGAGAUUCAGGAGGUGGACGACCUCACGCAGAUGGUGAGGGUGAACACGUUCUUCUCUUUUGCACCAACGCAGGAGGUCGUCGGCACUUCACAGCUGGGGGGUGCCCCACUCGCGACGCAGGACUACAGUCAGGUGGAGCAGAUGCCUGUUCCUGAGCAGGGUCGUCGGUCCACUCGCCAGACCAUCCCGCUGGAGCCACUGACAAGUCAAGGGACCGAAGCUGGAAGUCUGAAUGCAUCUGGACCGCUCUACGAACGAGAAGCACAAGAGGAGACGGCGCUGCACGGAGCAGUGAGGCAGCGUAGUAGAGAAUUAAUUAGACAAGGAAAUUUGCGUGAGGAUAAACAGAACAUCAACGGCAUGCCUCCGCUAUAUCUCGCCAUCUUCCUGGGAUACAGCGACAUCGCUAUGGAUCUCAUUGCAACCUUUGGUGACUCUCUGUCGUACGGUGGACCAGAUGGGCAAAAUGCGCUGCACAUCGCUGCUCUUCGGAGUAAAGAUCUUACCCAGAUAGUUAUAGAUGAGAGACCAGAUCUGAGGAAUGCACCUGAUAAUUCUGGAAGCAUACCUCUUCACUUUGCAGCAUCGGCUGGAGUCGAGGGUGUAACAAGGCUUCUUCUGCUUGGAGAAGGCAGUACUGGCAUAAACAUGGCAGAUGACAACGGGAUGCGCCCCAUCCACGUAGCUGCUUCUGUUGGUGCAAUGGAUGCAGUACGCGCAUUGCUCGACGGAGACAACCAUCCAACCCCACGGGACAACAGGGGCAGGACAUUCCUCCAUGUCGCCGUUGAGAACAAGAAGACAGACGUGGUCAAGUUCGUGUGCGGAAACCCGACGUUUACCAACAUUCUUAAUAUGAAGGACAAUGACGGAAAUACUGCGCUACAUCAGGCAGUCAAGAACAGGGACGAGUCCAUUUUCGGCCAUCUCGUGGGGAACAGGGAUGUGGAGCUCAACCUUUUCAACGGGGUCGGCUACACACCGCUUGAUCUUGCAAGCAAGAUAAAGAUAGAAAAAGCUUUUUCUCCCCAGAACCCGACAGAGUGGAUGAUCAGGGUACUGGCUCACUCCGGAGCUUACUUCAGUGCCCGAAGGCGUGACUUGAGAUUCGGAACAACAGAAAACAAUCAGCAAGUGCUGCCCUUAGCUCCGACUACGAAAGAAAAUAGUGUUCUGGUUGCAUCGUCGCUGAUCGCGACUGUGACUUUCGCCGCCGCAUUCACCAUGCCUGGGUCGUACAAAAUAGGAGGCGACCCCAUGGCGGGCACGCCGGAGUUGGGCAGACGCUACGGCUUCAAGGUUUUCCUCGUCGCUGACAUACUGGCUUUCUACUGCUCGGUGGCGGCCACCUUCAGCCUCGCCGAGUACGGGGACCGGGAUGACGUCGACCCCCUGGUCCGCCACAUCUACGCGAGGCGCGCCGUGUGGCUCUUCCACAUCGCUCUCAGGAGCGUCAUCGUCGCCUUCGCGCUAGGGGUCAGCGUGGUGAUGUGGGACAUUUCUGUCAUGACCACCGUCAUCGUCGGAAUAGCCGCUCCUGGUUUGGUGGUCUACGGGAACGAAGCACUUGCCCACGAUCUCAGGUUUAUAAGGGUGAUGUAUUGCAGGUUUGGCUUCUCACCUGCGUGGAACCUGUAUCCGUCGACGAGUUCAUAUCUGGAAUGGACCACCCGGCGGCUCAAAAGCUUUUCAUGGACGCUCGUCUCGGACAUGUUCAAGCUUUUCUGGACCUAUGUCUUGAUAUUUGCGGUUGCCAUCUAUGCCAUGGAGAUUGUGCAGUGCUGCCACAAACGGAAGGUGCCGACACUCGUGCUCAAGCUUGAUUUCGCCAAAGCCUUCGACACAGUCAUCUGGGACAGCCUGCAAACAAUUAUGCGCGCGCGCGGUUUCCCUGACCGUUGGUGCGCCUGGAUCAACAGCCUGCUCAGCUCGUCACGGACCGCCGUGCUGGUCAAUGGAACUCCGGGGCCGUGGUUUACCUGCAGAAAAGGUCUACGCCAAGGAGACCCGCUGUCCCCCUACCUGUUUUUGCUUGUCGCCGAUGUGCUCCAACAAAUGAUUCAGAAAGACCCCGUGAUCAAACAUCCCAUCUCCUCCAACCAGCCGUGCCCGGUGCUCCAAUAUGCAGACUACACUCUGAUCCUGGUGAGCGCAGAUGCAGCAUCUGUGCAACGCCUAAAAGACCUCCUCGACGCUUUUGCACUUGCGACUGGCCUGCACAUCAAUUUUCAUAAGAGCACCGUGGUACCGAUGCAUGUCGAGAGCUCAAUCCUUCAGCAAUGCAUCUCCAUCUUGGGCUGCCGGCAAGAGCAAUUCCCUCAAUCAUACCUUGGCCUCCCCUUGUCACAUGAGAAACUGAAGCAGGCUUCAUUUACUCCAAUGAUCAGCAAAGCCGACAAAUACUUGUCAGGGUGGAAGGCCUCCCUGCUGAACACGAUGGGGCGCGCAGUUCUUGCGGAUUCUGUGCUUGGCAACCUGCUCGUUUAUGCAAUGGGGGCGCUUAGACUGCCAAAAGGGACACUUGCAGCAUUAGAAGGGAAACGCAGAACUUUUGUUUGGACAGGCUCUGAACAUGCCAGCGGUGCGCACUGCCUUUUUGCGUGGGAACAGGGCAAUCACUGGGACAUGCUAAGGGAGCUCCUUCCUCUGUACCGAGUCAUCACAACUGUUCGGGUGCACAAUGGCCGAUCCACAUCCUUCUGGGACGACUCAUGGCUGGGGGACGAACCGCUGUCUGAAAUUCACCCUGCACUGCACAACCACGCAACCAAGCCACAUGCCACGGUCGCAGAAGUGCUGCAGCUUGGGAUCGACCAAUUCCUCCAGUCCAGAAGAACAAGAGCCACUACAGCUGACUACACUGCCUUGGCCCCGCUCCUCGCCACUGUGCUACCUGGCAGCGGCGAGGAUGAGAGGAUCUGCAAAUUCCAGAAGCCCGACGGGAGCUUGAACACUUCGUCGCUGUACAAGGCGCUCAUGGCUGCCCACACUCCAUCCUGUGAGUUCGCUAGCUUCGUUUGGAAGAACCGGGCACCGCCCAGAGUCCAGAUCUUCGUGUGGCUACUCAUGCAACGACGCAUCCAGAGCCGGAGCAACCUCCUCAAGAAGUCUAUCAUCACGGAUGACACUUUGCGAGCUGUGCAAAGAUCACCCUGA